AUGGCCUCCAAAUCAUUCUCCAAGGCGCUCCGCUCGCCCAUGGCCCGCCAGUUGGCUGCUCCCGCCGUCCAGCGCCGCACCUUUGUUGCUGCUGCUUCCGGCGCCGUGAGGGCCACUGCCGCCAAGGCUGCUGCCCGUCCCGUCGUUGCCAGACAGCAGGUCCGUGGUGUCAAGACCAUUGACUUUGCCGGUGUCAAGGAGGACGUCUACGAGCGUGCCGACUGGCCCAAGGAGAAGCUUCUGGAGUUCUUCAAGAACGACACCCUCGCCCUCAUCGGCUACGGUUCGCAAGGUCACGGUCAGGGUCUCAACCUCCGUGACAACGGCCUGAACGUCAUCAUCGGUGUCCGAAAGAACGGUCAGUCGUGGCAGGACGCCCUGCAGGAUGGCUGGGUUGAGGGCAAGAACCUGUUCGAGGUCGACGAGGCCAUCUCCCGCGGUACCAUCAUCAUGAACCUGCUUUCCGAUGCUGCCCAGUCCGAGACCUGGCCCGCCAUCAAGCCCCAGCUCACCAAGGAGAAGACCCUCUACUUCUCCCACGGUUUCUCCCCCGUCUUCAAGGACGUUACCAAGGUCGAUGUCCCCAAGGACAUUGAUGUCAUCCUCGUCGCCCCCAAGGGUUCCGGCCGUACCGUCCGCUCUCUCUUCCGUGAGGGCCGUGGUAUCAACUCCUCCUUUGCCGUCUACCAGGACGUCUCUGGCAAGGCCGAGGAGAAGGCUGUUGCCCUCGGUGUCGCUGUCGGCUCCGGCUACCUCUACAAGACCACCUUUGAGAAGGAGGUCUACUCUGACCUCUACGGUGAGCGUGGCUGCCUGAUGGGUGGUAUCCACGGUAUGUUCCUUGCCCAGUACGAGGUUCUCCGUGAGCGUGGCCACAGCCCCAGCGAGGCCUUCAACGAGACCGUUGAGGAGGCUACUCAGUCCCUCUACCCUCUCAUUGGUGCCAACGGCAUGGACUGGAUGUACGAGGCUUGCUCCACCACCGCCCGCCGUGGUGCCAUUGACUGGACCCCCAAGUUCAAGGAUGCCCUGAAGCCCGUCUUCAACGACCUCUACAACUCCGUCCACGACGGUACCGAGACCCAGCGAUCCCUCGAUUACAACGGCCAGAAGGACUACAGACAGAAGUUCGAGGCCGAGAUGGAGGAGAUCCGCAACCUCGAGAUCUGGAGAGCUGGCAAGGCCGUCCGUGCUCUCCGUCCCGAGAACCAGAAGUAA